GAUCUGACGUAAAAUUCAACCCGGUCUUCUUUGCCUAUGCUCUCAUCACCGGAAACGAUGUCGUCCUUUAUAUCGAGGAGAUCAAAUUAUCUAAAGAAGUAAAAGAUCAUCUGGGACCUGACGUAAAGUAUCGGCCUUACAACGCUAUCUUUGACGAUUUGCAAAAAUUAUCGGAAACUUUGAAGAACGAAGGCCAGAAACUUCUUAUUAGCACUCGAACAAGUUACGCUCUAGCGAAAGCUGCUGGUGAAGAUAACGUUGAAGAAACUCGUUCGCCACUCGCUGAAGCCAAGGCUAUCAAAAAUGAAGUCGAACUGGAAGGCAUGAGACAAUGUCAUUUGAGAGACGCAGCUGCAGUGAUUAAUUAUUUUGCGUGGCUGGAAGAACAACUUGCGGAAGGCAAAGUGUUCGAUGAGAUCGAUGGAUCCAAUCGUCUGGAACAAUUUAGAGCAGAACAAAGGGAUUUUGUCGGCCUCUCUUUUGACACCAUUUCCGCAUCGGGUCCCAACGGAGCCAUCAUACAUUACAAACCAGAGCCUGAAACCUGUGCU